CUCGUGUUUAAGGAGACCCCGGCGGCGGCUUUCCGGUCCUUUUCGGUCCGUCCGUCCUAGAGAAGAGGAGCGAGAGACGAGCGAAGCGGCGCCAUGGCGGACAUCCAGACUGAGCGUGCCUACCAGAAGCAGCCGACCAUCUUCCAGAACAAGAAGCGGGUGCUGCUCGGGGACACGGCCAAGGAGAAGCUGCCCAGAUACUACAAGAACAUCGGGCUGGGCUUCAAGACCCCGAAGGAGGCCAUCGAGGGCACCUACAUUGACAAGAAGUGUCCCUUCACUGGCAACGUCUCCAUCCGAGGCCGGAUCCUGUCUGGGGUGGUGACCAAGAUGAAGAUGCAGAGGACCAUCGUCAUCCGCCGGGACUACCUGCAUUACAUCCGCAAGUACAACCGCUUCGAGAAGCGCCACAAGAACAUGUCCGUGCACCUGUCGCCCUGCUUCAGAGACGUCCAGAUCGGAGACAUCGUGACUGUGGGCGAGUGCAGGCCCCUCAGCAAGACCGUGAGGUUCAACGUGCUGAAGGUCACCAAGGCAGCCGGGACCAAGAAACAGUUCCAGAAGUUCUGAGCCCCCCUGGCGGGGGUGGGGCGCGUGUGCCAGAGUGCCCGCCGUGGCCCUGCCAGCUGCUCUGCCAAUAAAGACAUCUUUCCCUA